UCUCCUUCCUUUUCAGCUAUCUCCACAGUGCCACCUUAACUGCAGCCUGAGCAGGCUGUUCGUGUUUGUGUUGAAGCCAACAGGCACAAUAUAUUACAGUCUAGGGCUCGCUGCUGAAAAGCCUGCUGGAUCUUCCAGUGACCUGCUGUUCUUUCCUGCUUUCCUGUGUAUUUUUUCUCUCCCUCUCCCUCCUCUAGAUUUAGAUUAAAAACAAAGCUCUCUCUCCCAUCCUCCUUUUUUUUUUUGACUCUCUCUCCCCCCUUUCUUUUACACACUCAGUCUGGUUGAGGGAAGAAAUCCCUUUAGUUUGUCUCUCUGUGUUACAAGAGGAAGUCGCCUUGGCUCGAAUCGGAUGGAGGUGUGUGUUUGUUUUUGGACCUUGUUGGUGUGCUUUGAGGAAGGACAGAGAAGGGACAGUUGGAUGUGACUGCGGCUUCACCAGAGCAGUCAGAGUCAUCAGAGCAGGAGAGAGGAGGACAGCUGAGAGUGUGACUUUGACUCCUCUCAGGAGGAAAGGUGGAGAAAAAGUCAGCCGUGGGAGUUUCUGGAAUUAAUUUUGCAUUAGCCCUUGUUGGAUGUGCUGAGUUUUGGUCUGACUCGGAGGCUGAAGCCGGGUUACCAACUCUGGAUCCUGGGCUCCAGGUUCUACUGAAACCUUCACUUCUCCUUUACAGGAGUGCAAAGAGCUGAGGGAGCCCGCAAUCCAUCAAACUCCUAACCAGAGCCUUUGCACUGACCAUGUACCCACAGGGUAGACACCCGGUCCCACUGCAGCCUGGCCAGUCCUUUAAGUUCACUGUGCUGGAGACACUGGACCGUAUUAAAGAGGAGUUUCAGUUCCUCCAGGCACAGUACCACAGUCUGAAGCUGGAGUGUGAGAAGCUGGCCAGCGAGAAGACGGAGAUGCAGAGGCACUACAUCAUGUAUUAUGAGAUGUCUUAUGGACUUAACAUAGAGAUGCACAAACAGGCAGAGAUUGUAAAGAGGCUCAGCGCUAUCUGUGCUCAGAUCAUCCCUUUCCUCUCUCAGGAGCACCAGCAACAGGUGGUGCAGGCUGUGGAGCGGGCAAAGCAGGUCACCAUGGCAGAACUCAACGCCAUCAUUGGGCAGCAGCAGCUCCAGCACUUGUCUCAUCACACCCCGGGUAUCCCGCUAACCCCCCACCCAUCAGGCCUGGCACUGGGGGGCGCCUCGGGCCUGUUGGCUCUCACUGGGGCGCUUGGCGUUUCUGCUCACCUGAGCAACAAGGACGAACGCAACCACCUGGAUGCCGAGCACCUUCGAGAAGGUACACCCAGCAGGAGUAAGUCUGUGUCAUCAACAGACAGUCAAGCGAUAGAGGAGCGUCAGGGCCCCUCGGGAGUCUUCCCCUCUCACACCAGCAGUGACGCCAAGAGGAGGCGCUGUGAAGAUAAAGACGGCCCGUCACAUUAUGACAGUGAUGGGGACAAGAGUGAAGACAACCUAGUGGUGGAUGUCUCUAAUGAGGACCCUUCCUCUCCUGUCGGCAGCACUCCUCACUCUCCUCAUGGAAAUGGCUUAGACAGAGCACCUACACUGAGAAAGGAGCUUCCCAGAUCACCAAGCCUCCCUCCUGCCCCCUCACCUCCAGAUCACAGCCCCGCUCCAGGCAAGAGCAAGGACCUGGCACAGUCAGAGAAAUGUCAGUCACCAUCGUCGAAGUCAGGCAGUAGUUCCCCCUCGCACCGUGAGGCCCUCACCCCUGGACCCAGCACUUCCUGUCUACGGCUCGUCACUAAGCCUGUGUCCUCAGCAGAUCCUAUGGCAGCUUUGCGCAGUCCUUUGUCCAUGGCACCAGCUUCUUAUCCAGCUCAUUUUGGUGUCGUGUCUCACGCUGGACUGAAUGGAGAGCUGGCCAGUCCAGGCAGCUUUGGUGGAUCAAUCACUCUCUCACCCCAGAUCAGUACUGCAGCUAGUGCCUACACACGCAGCCCCAUGGUGGCAUAUGAAUCCCGCUCUCACCUCAGGCCCUCAGGGCUGUCCUCCUCGCUGCCCGGAUCCAGUGGGGGCAAGCCUGCAUACUCAUUCCAUGUGAGUGCAGAUGGACAGAUGCAGCCCGUGCCCUUCCCUCCUGAUGCCCUCCUGGGCCCUGGCAUCCCGCGCCACGCCCGCCAGAUCCACACGCUUAGCCAUGGAGAGGUGGUGUGUGCCGUGACUAUCAGCACCUCCACACGCCACGUCUACACUGGCGGCAAAGGCUGCGUCAAAGUGUGGGACAUCAGCCAGCCGGGCAACAAGAGCCCCAUGGCCCAACUCGACUGUCUGAACAGGGACAACUACAUCCGCUCAUGUAAGCUCCUCCCAGACGGUAGAACUUUGAUAGUCGGUGGUGAAGCCAGCACUCUGUCCAUCUGGGAUUUGGCCACGCCCACUCCACGCAUCAAGGCAGAGUUGACGUCCUCGGCUCCGGCGUGCUACGCUCUGGCCAUCAGUCCAGACAACAAGGUCUGUUUCUCCUGCUGCAGCGACGGCAACAUCGUCGUGUGGGACCUUCACAACCAGACGCUCGUCAGGCAGUUCCAGGGCCACACUGAUGGAGCCAGCUGCAUCGACAUCUCCAACGACGGGACCAAACUGUGGACCGGGGGACUCGACAACACGGUGCGCUGCUGGGACCUGAGAGAGGGCCGACAGCUCCAGCAGCACGACUUCACCUCCCAGAUCUUCUCCCUGGGCUACUGUCCUACUGGAGAGUGGCUGGCAGUGGGCAUGGAGAGCAGUAAUGUGGAAGUUCUGCACGUCUCCAAACCAGACAAGUACCAGCUGCACCUUCACGAGAGCUGUGUGCUGUCACUCAAGUUCGCCUACUGUGGUAAAUGGUUUGUGAGCACAGGAAAAGACAAUCUGUUAAACGCGUGGAGAACUCCAUAUGGAGCCAGCAUCUUCCAGUCCAAGGAGUCCUCAUCCGUCCUGAGCUGCGAUGUCUCCCCAGACGAUAAGUACAUAGUUACUGGCUCUGGAGAUAAGAAAGCCACCGUGUACGAGGUGGUCUACUGAGCACAUGAGAGACGAGCGAGAGAGGGAUGGAUGGAUGGAUGAAUGGAUGGAUGGAACAAAAAAUGAGUUGAAAGAAAAACAGGGGAGCUCAUUCAUGGCAGCUGUUGUGGGCAACCAUAGGUGCUCUUUCCGAACUGUAUUCCCCUGCAUCAUCUAACCAUUAGUACCAUUAAACUCCCUUCCCAUCCCCAUUCCAUCCCUCUAUAAGUAGGAAAAAGAGAGACAAACUGAAAGAAUAAACAGUGGGAGUAUAAUUAGCACAGUGUCUAGAUGAAACGCCCAGCAGCGAUGAGAAAGCACACAGGAGACGAAGUAAGCACUUAGGGAGCUGCAACUCACACAAACACAGAUAGCAGACAAUCAAUGCAUUACUGCAAAAGAAAAAACAAAGAUCACACUUUAAUGAGACCAAAUGCAACAGAGCUCGUUACACAGCGCCUCAGAGAGCAGAAACAUCAGACCGCUGCAGCGUAGCGCGGGCUCUGGCCUGAGAAACCUGUUCCAGUGUGUCUGCAUCACACCAAUUACACACGCACAUAAACUAAUCUGGCUGAUGUGGAAGCCUGAUGUUUAUACCGCUGAUCACUACCUAAUGGUCUGCAGAACCAUAUUCACCCUGAAAAUGACUCCUGGAUAUUUGGCCAAAAAUGUAAAAUUGUCCCUGACUUGUCAUUGACAAAGAUCUUAUGCUGCCAAUUGUUUGGUUUUCCAGUUUGAAGACGCUGGUUCACAUUCCACGUCUUUAAUGUUGUGCUUGAUUGGGUGGUGUAGUAUUAAUGCCACCUCAUAUCUCCAGGGUCCCAGGUUUAAUCCUGAGCCUGAGGUCACUGUCUGUUUCACAUGCUCCUUCCACAGAUGGGGUGGAAUUCCUUCCAAAACAUGAGGAGAAGCAUGGUGGUUAUGUCAAAUUGCCCCUAGAUGUGAAAAUGUGUGUGCAUGUCACUCCGAGAUGGACUGAGCCUAUUCCUACAGGAAUACGCCUUGGAUCCGGAGCAUGUUUCAGGCUUGAUGGUUAACGUUCAUGUUUUUAUGUUUUUACGAUGUGUCACUAGUGUAAACAAGUUUCUGCUCUGAAAUGAGCACUCCAAAUCAGUCAUGUGUCCAAAGAAGAAGCAAAAAUACCACAAUCCAUUAUUUCCGUCGUGCCGAAAUGGACGCACUAGCAACAGUCUUAAUUAGAUAGAUGAUUUGAUCUAAAGGUCAGCCUGAGCUGAUCAGCUGCUGUUUUUUUGCCGUGUUUACUGGCACUGAGAGUGAAACAGCGGUGAGGUACACAUGCAGAGUGCUGUAAUAUAAAAUAAACACAGACUCUGAUAUGACUGUCAUUUGUCAUUACUGUUGCAGCCCUUGUAUCAGAUAUGUAUUCAAACUAGGACAAGUCACGGAAAUCAGAAAUACAAAAAAAAAAAAACAGAAGUGUCACAUAACAUUUCUAACAAAACGCUAUUGUAACAGAUUCCUUGACGUGUUUUAGCGCUCUCCAGUCUUCCCAGGCUGUGGGUAAUAGGCAGGCUACAGUUUAGUUUGCAGCAAUCUUUGCCUUUGUAAUCACGCCAGAACACAAAGCCAGAACACAACAACCUUUUUUUACUCUCCCGUAUCCGCACAAUCCACUCACUCUAUCUUACACAUUAUUUCCGCCCUCUCACACACGAGUUCCACUUAAAACUGUCCCUCAUGAAGCCGGAGCUGAUAACAACUGCGUUUCUCUUCUAACAGCAUUAACAAAUUAAAUGUUCCCUAUGUAAAGAUAUAAAUGAAGUAUACAGGACUUUAGGAAGAAUACUAAAUUCUAAGGCGGCACAGUGGUCUCGUGGUCAGCACUGUGCUGGCACUCCAGGGUCGAGGGUUUGAUUCCCAACCCAAAUACCCUGUAGUGUGUGUGUGCCCUGCAAUGGAUUGGCACUUUGUCCAGGGUUCACUCCGCCUUGUGCAGCUUGUAUAGGCUUAGUAGUUUAGAAGAUGAAUGAAUAUUCAACAUAAAUAAAUACAUAUACACUUUUACAGUGUGCUGCACAUCACAAUAAAUAACUUAAAUUAAUAUAGUAACCUUAAUUAAAAUGUUACAAAAACUAUUGUGUACAGGAAUCAAAGGUAACCAUCUUAACUAUAAAAAUAAUAAUAAUCCCUGCAGACAUGUAUUUUUUUAUUAUUAUUCCUAAAUCAUCCCAUAAUACACCCCUGCUUCAUUCCUGUAUCUCGAAGCGCUGUGGUUGCCCACCCAACCUGUGAUGUCUGAAAGUGAUCCUCACCAUGCUGAGGGAAAAGAUUUUGUGCUUUUAAUUUGCUCAAUAUGUUUCUGGGGUUUUGUUUAUCACAUUAAUCUGAUAUGUGAUUCAGAAGACCUGUCUUGGAAUCUGAAAUAUUCUUUCGCUUGCUACUUUUCCAAACACACACAAAAAAAAGAACUGUAAGAUUUUUGUAAUGAAAAUAAGUAAUAGUGCUACAACAGUGUUUUGUUCUGUUUAUUGUUAUGCAUAUAGUGUAUUUGCUCCUUUCUAUAACCGGCUCAGAUGACGGCUGCCCAAAGAUGUUGGGAUUUUAGUCUUGCGCAAUCCAGACCAUAUCCACUGCCUUAUCAUUACAUCUUACCUGUAACAGGAAUUGCAUCACAUCUGGUCAUGCUAUGGGAAUCUCUGUAUCUAAUGCUGCCUGAGGCUUUGUUUCUAUACUGACAACAGCGUAUAGUGUCCAGCAAUCUCGCUCUGAAGCCAAGGACUUUUUUUUUUUUUUUUUUUUUCUCAAAAAGGCACAGUUGUGAUAUCUCUCUGUAGCACUUCAAAUGAGAUGUACCAGACAUGCAUAUAAAGACAAUUAAACUUGUGGUCAUCUUUUGA